ACUUCCAAUCCUCAAUUCAAACAGUCUUCAGAGUCCUUUUCUGAAUCUCUUCUACAUUCAAAAUGUCUUCCGAGCAGACUUUCAUUGCUAUCAAGCCCGAUGGUGUCCAGCGUGGUCUCGUUGGACCCAUCGUCUCUCGCUUCGAGUCCCGUGGCUUCAAACUCGCUGCCAUCAAGUUGAUCUCUCCUCCUCGUGAGCUCCUCGAGAAGCACUAUGCCGAUCUUGCCGACAAGCCUUUCUUCCCCGGUCUCGUUACCUACAUGUUGAGCGGACCCAUCGUUGCCAUGGUCUGGGAAGGCCGUGACGCCGUCAAGACUGGUCGUACCAUCCUCGGUGCCACCAACCCUCUUGCUUCUGCCCCUGGCACCAUCCGUGGUGACUACGCCAUUGACGUCGGCCGCAACGUCUGCCACGGUUCCGACAGCGUCGAGAACGCCAAGAAGGAAAUUGCUCUCUGGUUCAAGGAGGGUGAGGUCAUCAACUACAAGCACAGCCAGUUCGACUGGAUCUACGAGAAGGCUUAAAUGUCUGUUGUCAAUGCCUCCUGACUAGACGAUAGAGAAAUAAAAGAUAUCAAAAAUAAGCCAUGCGAAUAGAGAUCUUUUCAAUAUAUGACUACGUCGUAUGUCCAAGAUCUUAUGGUGUAAUGGUUUUGUACAUUCAAUAGAACCGAGAUCAUGUCCUUUGGAAAAUGCCUUUUAUGCCUCUCCCAAUAGGCCCAAGCAAGACUCGCGCAAACCACGGUGUUGCCCAGACACUCGCAACAAUCCUCAAAGGCAACAAUGCCUUCGUAGUAACAUAUGCUGCGGCAAACUGAAGAACCAAUUGCGCCCCUUUCUGCUGGGUCAGGACUUGAUCAUCCGCCGAAGGUGUACAUGAAGAAACAUUCUUUGCAGCUUCUACAUCCUCACUACCUACCCAUCCUUUCUUAGUCAUCCACUUCCCGAAUCGCUGUACGGCUUCAUUAAGGGUAUCAUUAUCACCGGCGGACAGUAAGGGAGUCCAACCGGAAUAGUGGAAGAAACCGAAUAGACCGAAUAAAGGGAGAACGGCGGUGAUCUCGUGGAGAACGAGAAAGGAUGUUAUAUGUGUAGUGGGUGCGCCGAUGAGAGGGGUUGUGUAGCCGCGGAGGAAGCGUGGGAGUCUAUCGUUGAAUUUUUGUAAGCGCGCCCGAAGACUGGAAGAUGGUUCGGGUGCUCGAUCGGGGGACGCGGAGUUUAAUAGGCGUCGCUGGAGGGAGAAUCUUCUUAUUAUGUGUAGCUUAGGGUUUAUCGAAGGUCUUGGGAAGAGUCUGGAGAAUAUCA